AUCUCUUCUUCUUCUUCUUCUCUCUCUGUGUUUCUCUCUCCUCUGUUUAUCUGUUUCAUGGCUGGUGGAGGAGGAGAAGGAACGAGAGAUCUCGAUAAGACUCCGACAUGGGCGGUUGCUGCUGUCUGCGCAGUCAUCAUCCUCAUCUCCAUCCUCCUCGAGAAGAUUUUGCAUCGUCUUGGUCAGUGGUUUACAGAUAAGCACAAGAAGGCUCUGAAUGAGGCUCUUGAGAAGGUCAAGUCUGAGUUGAUGGUUCUUGGAUUUAUUUCACUACUGUUGACAUUUGGGCAAAACUACAUAGGCAAAAUAUGCAUACCCGAAAGUGUGGCAGAUACAAUGCUGCCAUGCCCGCUUGCUGCUGCAGAUGAAGCCAAUAACAAGGGAAAUAAGAGGCGGCUUCUGUGGAGCUCAAUAAAAGAAUCUGUUUCUACUCGUAGAUCCCUCGCUCAAGCUUCCUCUAACUCUUGCCCUAGUGGGAAAAUCCCAUUUGUUUCUAUAAACGGAAUGCACCAGCUGCACAUUUUCAUAUUCUUCCUAGCAAUCUUUCAUGUCAUAUACAGUGCCCUAACAAUGGCUCUAGGAAGACUUAAGAUUAGGAGAUGGAAGCAGUGGGAAGAAGAGACACAAACCCUUAAUUAUGAGUUCUCUAAUGACCCUUCAAGGUUCAGGCUAGCACAUGAGACCUCUUUUGUGAAACAACACACCAGCUUCUGGGAAAAGCAUCCUGUUCUGCUUUAUUUUGUCUGUUUCUUCCACCAAUUUUUUAGAUCAGUUAGAAAGGCAGAUUACUUGACCCUGCGUCAUGGUUUCAUAAAUGUUCAUUUGGCGCCUGGAAGCAAGUUUAAUUUUCAAAAAUAUAUAAAAAGGUCGCUGGAAGAUGAUUUCAAGGUCGUCGUUGGAAUAAGGUAAAAUGAUUGUUUAGCCUG